CCUCCGAGCGUUUGGACUUGCUUUGCUGCUCUGCUGUGACCAAGCAUCAUGCCGACUGUUGCCAUGCGAAUCAACGCGCAAUCGGACAAUUGCAAGCGCGGUGCCCUCGUCGGGAUGGGCGUGGCCGCCUUGGCGCUCUGCGUUGGCAUGCUCUUUGCUCCUUGGCGUCAAUUCAAGGUCGAUAAUGUCAAGAUAGAUUUUUCACCAGCCAGAAUUACUGCUCAUGCCUAUGGCCUAACCGAAAGAUAUUGGACCACGGAUGACGAGUUUUGUGGUGACCACAUUGAUGGAGACUCGACCGACUUUUGCACCAAGCUCCUGGCAUCAUUGGCCCUGUGCCUUCUCGCCAUCGUGUUUGAAGUGAUUGUCUCAAUUCUCAGUUGUGUCACCUUCUGCACGGCAUCGGCAUGUGUGGCGCGGUGCAGCGGUAUCUUGCAUCUUGUCCCGGUCCUUUUUAUUGGAGCGGCUAUGGGCGUGUUCUUUACGGCCAAGGGGACUUUUACGACGACCGAGACACACACCGAUCGCCCCGUGGCCGGCAUUGCUGUACCUUUCUUGGCUGCCGUGGUGGCCUUGGUGGGUAUGAUUCUGGGCUGCGUGAUCCGUCCUGAUUCGGCCUCCACGGUGGCCUAUAUGAACGUCCCUGGCGUCACCCGCAAUUCAGCACAGUCAUGGCAGAUGGAACCGAUGCACAUGCAGGCACAGAUGCCCAUGACUGGCGUCCCACCCCCACGCACGACCGGCAACCCAACGCCGUUCACUUCGGGCUACGCUUUUGGCUGUUCUUGCGAGCUGUCUCUCCUUUUUUUUUUUUUUCGUUCCUCUCUCAUUCUCUCUCUCUCUCUCUCUCUCUCUCUCUCUCUCUCUCAAUCUCUCAAUCUCUCUCUCUCAAUCUCUCUCUCUCUCUCUCUCCCUUUCUGUUGUCAAGCCAGCAAGUGA